AUGUUCCUCGCGGGCACCAUCAUCUUCGGCGGCGGGCCCGUCAUCAUCCCGCUGCUGCGCGAUUCCCUCGCGGGCGCGGUGAUUGCGUGGGUGGGGAUUUUCAGUCCCGGGUUGGUGGUGGUGCAUGGGACGAUGGGGAUCUGGGGGGCGAUUAGGGGGUAA